GAUUUCUCAGAUUUCUCAGAUCCUUGAGGUCACGUCGGGCGCGUGCCUUCCCUCCCUUGUCAUUGCAAGAUCCGCCUGCACCAGCUUCUACUUCGUAUCGACAUGCUCGCCCGACAGAUCAUCCGCCGCGUCGCCACGCAGACUCCGCGCAGCGCGGCCAUGUCCACGCUGGUGGUGGCCGAGCACAACCAGUCGCAGAUCUCCGGGGCCACGCUGGCCACGGUCUCGGCCGCCACGCAGAUCGGCGGGGACAUUACCAUGCUGGUGCUGGGCAGCCAGGCCGGUCCGGCCGCCGAGGCCGCUGCCAAGGUGGCCGGCGUCACGAACGUGCUGCACGCCGCAGACCCCAAGUACGACCACUGCGUGGCCGAGGAGGUGGCCGAGCUGCUGGUGGCCGCCCAGAAGGCCGGCGACUACUCGCACGUGCUGGCCCCCAGCUCCAACGCCAGCAAGAACUACCUGCCUCGCGCCGGCGCCAAGCUGGACGUGGCCCCCAUCUCGGACAUCCUGGCCGUGGCCGAUAAGGACACGUUCUUCCGUCCCACGUACGCCGGCAACGCCAUCGCGCAGAUCAAGUCCAAGGACGCGGUGAAGCUCAUCACGGUGCGACCCACCGGCUUCGAGAAGGCCGCGGCCGAGGGCGGCAACGCGUCCGUAAGCCCGGCCCCGGAGGCCCCGACGGCCGGCAAGACGAGCUUCGUCUCGGAGGAGGUGAGCAAGUCGGAGCGCCCGGAUCUGGCCUCGGCCCGCGUGGUUAUCUCGGGUGGCCGCGGCCUUAAGAGCGGCGAGAACUUCGAGAUGCUCUACAAGCUGGCCGACAAGCUGGGCGGCGCUGUGGGUGCCUCGCGUGCCGCCGUGGACGCCGGCUUCGUGCCCAACGAGCUGCAGGUCGGCCAGACCGGCAAGGUGGUGGCCCCGGAGCUGUACGUGGCGGCCGGUAUCUCUGGCGCGAUCCAGCACUUGGCCGGCAUGAAGGACAGCAAGACGAUCGUGGCCAUCAACAAGGACGAAGAGGCCCCGAUCUUCCAGGUGGCCGACUACGGCCUCGUCGACGACCUCUUCAACGCCGUGCCUGAGCUCACGGAGAAGAUCUAAGCGAUGUCGACACGCACACAAGUUGAGAAAUAUGACAAAAAUUCCCAUAUUCAUCGCAAUAAUGCAAUUGCCAACCCUUUUUUU